UCGCUAAUCGUCUGAUCAACCGCCCCCAACUUCUGACCAGCCUCCUUUCGAACACACAACUUCUCCCCUCCUUCUUUUCAUCAUCGUCAUCCGCUUACAUCGGACGGAAAUUUCUGCUUUAGACGGGAUUAAUUAUUUUGUCUAUGCGACGAAUAAUUCCUUUAAAAUAGGGGUUCUAUUCUCUAGAUUCCAUCAGGGAGUAAUUGAUCGGCGUGGCUGAGCCGUUUCGACUCUGUGGGUUCACACUCCGUAGAACCUAUUAGCGUUCUACCUCCUGUUCCAUCACCACGAUAGAUCCGAUCCGUUCUAGUCAAACCUCCGGAACUCUGGGGUCGUCAUUUGAUCUGAGGCAACCCGGACCCGUUCGUGUGGGCCGCAUUGCAUCAGACACGUAACUCACCCAUCCCUAUAUCGAUCUACCCAACCUCCAACCAUGUCAGCUCCGCGGACCAAACGUCAGUUCGCUGGUGCAGCAAGCGAUCCUGCUCAACGACACAUCACAUCAUUUUUCAACAGUGCAUCACCAUCAUCGUCGUCGUCCUCACAACACCUCAACAUACCUUCCUCCCCUCCUUACGUCAACAGCCCCCCUCUACCCGCAACCGUGCAAGCAAACCUGCUAUCGGUGGGCAUGCGAGUACGCAAAUCCGUACCCGAGGGCUACAAAACCGGCAGCUACAGUGCCUUCGGGCUCUUCGAUGAGAACGCAACCACCAACCCCAACACCAUGGUCGAAGGACGCUCCCGAGCCAACGCCAUCUCCACGCCGCGAGAACUCCUCCCCUUCUGCGGGAUCCACAGAGUCGGCGGUUUAGACACACAACCGGAUCACCCCUCACCCUUCCUACUACCUACAUCCUCAUCCUCCAUCUCAACAUCCGCCCGUCAUCCCCUCUUAAGCGUAAACGGCCACCCCCUAGACGAGGCCAUGACCGACGACGACGACGUCCCUGGCUUAACUAGCAGCCAGGACUCCCUUGAUUCUACCGCCCCAGCUUCCCCUCGCUCGACACGCAAGCGCUCCUACACCGAGGACGAAGAACCCGAAGCCCCGUCCACACCCGGCCGUCUCAGCGUCGUCAGCUUCGACUUCAACGCAUGGCGCGACGGGUUCGACGGCGAAGUCAGUCCUCGGAGUCACGCGCCCACUAGCUGGUCCCCGGGGAAUAGCAACGGUCGUCCUAUGGCCGUGCCACGGAAGAUAAGGACCCGGGGCGGUGGAAAGGGCGUGGUAAGCGGAAGGGAGAACGUUAGAGUCGUGGGGGAUGCGGAUGUGAGUGAUUUCGGAGAGGCAGAUUUCUUGGUUAGGGGCGGGGAGUGGGAGGUUGAGAUGAGUGAUGUUUGAUUAGACUUGGAUUACACAAGAGGAGGGGGUAUGAUUGUUAUGCCGCGUUGGACGCUGGGAUACCUGAGAUACGAAGGAUGGUGGGUGAGGGGUUGGAAAGGGGGGAUAUGCAUAGAGGUUAAGGGAACAGAGACAGCGGAAGCUGCUGUAUUUUAUGUUACGGAUUGGAUCGGAUUGAACAUUGGCGGCGGACGAGGACAUUUUUAGCGUAUACUGCAUGAUGGGGGCGGCUGGCGCCACGGCGUUUUUUUUCUUAUUGGUGUUGCAUUGGAGAUGCAACAUUUUUGUAUAUGUAGGUAACCUACCUGGUUUAUGGGUGCGUGCGCAACGGGAGUACAUGCAAGGGGGGGAUCAUCCGAAAUACUCUCGCAGUCGGAACGGAUUAGAUCACAUCGAUAUGGGAAGAUUGGUUGGUUGGUUGGUUGUACUACCAAAUCAUGAAUUGAUAUACAAUUUAACCUCUGUAGCACGUUGCCAUUGAUAGCGAGGACUUGGUUUAAGACUCAUUAUUUUAUUAUCCCACGC